AUGCAGAGGUCAACAAGAAGGGAAAGCCUGCACAACACGGACUCAAUUUUCUAGCAGAAAUCCAGGUCCUAAAAGUUAAAAGAAGCAUUUAUGGACCCUUGACAGGACCCGAGAUACUCUCUAUUAACUGUCCAGGAAGGAUCUUUCUUAUACAAAGGUGCUUCUCAGGGUUUCCCGAAUUACAAUGGAGGAAGAAGCUGGGGAGGAACCAGGGCUGGACAGGUCUGCUCCCAAGGAUUUCCACUUUUAUCACAUGGAUCUUUAUGAUUCUGAAGACAGACUGCAGAUCUUUCCAGAAGAAAAUACUAGGAUGAGGAGAGAAGUAGUCCAGGCUGAAAAGACCAGUGAGCCAAGAGGGGCAGGGGAUGCUAAGGCUCAAAGAGACCUUCAAGAGGAAGUGGACGAACUUGCCCACUUAUAUGGACUUGAAGAUGAUAAUGAUUUAGGGGAUGAGUUUGUUGAUGAAAACAUGACCAGAAUGGGGGUUCCGGAAUACCCUCCUUAUGUGAUGAAGAGGAGAGACCCAACCAGGGGGCAAAGUGACUGGAGACUUAGUGGAGAAGCAGCGGAGGCUGAGGACCUGGGUUUUGGAGAGUGGGGCUCAGCAGGCCAGUGCCAGGACCUGCGGGAAGCCUAUAGGUAUGCACAUGGCCGUGCCAGUGAAGAAUAUGAAUGCUAUGUCAUUCCAGAGGAGGAGGAUGAGGAAGAAGCUGCCGACAUCUUCUGUGUCACCUGCAAAACCCCAGUAAGAACUUUUGAGAAGGAUUUUGAUGAACACAAGGAGCAUGAAGUGACCCCACUCAGUAAAGCACUAGAGAGUGCCAAGGAUGAAAUUCACAAAAACAUGUACAAAUUGGAAAAGCAGAUUAUCGAAAUGGAAAACUUUGCAAAUCACUUGGAGGAGGUUUUCAUCACAGUGGAGGAGAAUUUUGGAAAACAAGAACAAAACUUUGAGUCACGUUACAAUGAGAUCUUGGAAACACUUGCUCAAAAAUAUGAAGAAAAAAUACAAACUCUGGGAGAGAAAAAGAAAGAGAAGCUGGAGACCUUAUAUGGACAACUGGUCAGUUGUGGAGAAAACCUUGAUACCUGUAAAGAGCUGAUGGAAACAAUAGAAGAGAUGUGUCAUGAGGAGAAGGAUGAUUUCAUAAAGGAUGCAGUGGCUAUGACUGACAGACUAGGGAAGUUUCUGAAAACAAAAACAGAUGUGGAAAUCUCUGCACAGCCAGACUUUGAAGACCAGACCUUGGACUUCUCUGAUGUUGAGCAGUUGAUGGGCUCCAUUAACACCAUUCCAGCUCCUUCUGCUCCAGUGAUAAAUCCUCAAGCUCCCAACUCAGCCACAGGUUCCUCAGUCCGAGUAUGUUGGAGUUUAUACUCUGAUGACACUGUGGAGAGCUAUCAGCUGUAUUAUCGACCAGUGCAGGACAGCUCACCUGGGAAGAACCAAGCAGAGUUUACAGUGACCAUCAAAGAAACAUAUUGCUCGGUAACAAACCUUGUGCCAAAUACCCAGUAUGAAUUCUGGGUCACAGCUCACAACAGGGCUGGUCCCAGCCCCUCCAGUGAGCAUGCAGUGUACAUGACAGCACCUUCUCCCCCCAUUAUAAAAACUAAAGAGAUACGGAGCUGCAAAGAGGCUGCACUGAUUUGCUGGGAGUCUGGGAAUCUGAAUCCUGUGGACUCCUACACAGUGGAGCUGACCCAGGCAGAAAGCCCUGAAGCCUCGGGUGUAACCGAGUCCAUCGUGGGAAUUCCGACCUGUGAGGCCCUGUUGCAGCUGCAGCCCGGGCAGAGUUACGUGAUCUAUGUGCGAGCCCUCAAUGUGGGGGGCCCCAGUGCAAGGAGUGAGCCUGCCACAGUCCAUACCACAGGAAGCUACUUUCACCUGAACAAGGACACCUGUCAUCCCUGGCUGACCAUUUCUGAAGAUGGGCUUACAGUCACACGAAGCCAAAGGAAAAUUUCUGUAAAGGAGUCGCUGUCCAGCCAUACCCGCUUUACCAGGUGUGUUGCUGUCAUGGGAAAUCUAAUUCCUGUCCGAGGGCGCCAUUACUGGGAGGUGGAGGUGGACGAGCAUUUGGACUACACAGUUGGUGUGGCCUUUGAAGAUGUACCGAAACAGGAGGACCUGGGAGCAAACUGCUUCUCCUGGUGCAUGAGGCACACAUUUGCAUCUUCAAGGCAUAAGUAUGAAUUUCUGCACAACAGAACAACUCCAGAUAUAAGAGUAACUGUUUCCCCAAAGAAGAUUGGCAUUCUGUUAGACUAUGAAAAUUCCAAGUUGUCAUUUUUCAACGUGGACAUUUCUCAGCAUCUAUACUCGUUCAGCUGUCAGCUUCACCAAUUUGUGCAUCCCUGUUUUUCUCUGGAAAAGUCUGGGUGUCUAAAUAUACAUAAUGGCAUUUCAAUGCCAAAGCAUGUCACUUUCUAUUAGACCACUGGGAUGUCCGGUUUUCUCUCUUGUAUACCUACUCCUCUCACAGCCGUUCCCACCUAAACUGGCUGAAUUUGGCAUUCAAGCACCAUACACCCAACACAAUUUAUAGCUCACAUUGUUACCAGGGAGACUGGUGUGCUGGCACUCAUUCCAUCUGACCUGGAUUCUAGUCCUGUGCGCUGCUACCUGUGUGACUGGACCUGGCUAUAAAAUGAGGGCUUAGGCUGUAUAAGCUCAAAGGCCUUUCAAGUUAUCAAAUUAUAUUUGUCUAUUUGUAUAAAUGCAAAUUAUCAAGUCUCUAAGACUUGCAGAGUUUGGAGAAGGGGAAGACUUCAUGGCUCCAUCAGUCCUGGGACAUUCAUGACAUUUCAUGAGUCAGCCAAGAACAGACUUGAGAAGGCAAGAGGCUGUCCACAGAACCAAGGAAGUCAUGUGCUCUCCUCCGCGCUGUCUACCCUACUGUUUUCCCAAUAGUGAGCAGCACUAUGGUGAGGUUCCUCCUACUGUGUACUCUGUAACACCCCUGCACCUCUGUAAUACCCUCGUACCCAUAACAUUCUUUAAUUUUGAAAUUACCCCUGUAAUACCUAAUUCCUUGAAGGCAGGGGCAGUGUCUGUUUUGUUCAUCGCUUGAUCCCCAAGAGCUAACACGUAACAGUUGACACCAAAUAUUUGCUGAAUAAAUGAUUAUCUUCCUCUAGCCUCUGCUCUUUGCCUCCUCAUUGCGCUUCAUGUGAAGCACAGCAGGGCUCUUUCAAAACUAUAGCAAAGGACCUCUGGUCAAGAGAUGGAAAAAGCCUAGAAGGGAGGCAAUAUGAAGGAAUGCAAGGGCAUGUGUGGCUUGAUGGUAAGAUUGGGGAAAACAGAGCAUUACUUACUACUACACAUACUACACACAAGUGCCUACAUGUAAAUGUGGUACUUUCACUGUGUGCGUUGAAGAGGGGGGCUGAGGGAUAGAUGGAGAUAAAAAUAGAAAACAGCUGCAAAUGAUUCUAGGAACUGUCCUGCAAUGUAAAGAUAACCAGAUUUGAAAUCAGAAGACCCUAGGUUCAAUUGCUACUUUACAGCAACUCUGCCUUAUGAUCCUGGAAAAGUCACCUUGCCUUCCAGAGCAUCUUUAUUUAGAUUUAAAAAUGCAGUUUAUUUAGAAAGUAAAUUAGAGAAAGAUAAGUUGCAUCUCCCCAAGGUAGGGGAGAAGGCCAAAGCUCAAAAGAGCACAUGUCCAGACCAUACUUUAGCAAAACAAUGGCCCCAGGGCUUCUUUAAACAAAGGAAAAGGCUGGGCUCAGUGACUCAGCCUAUAAUCACAGCACUUUGGGAGGCAG